AUGGCCAGGAUGUUAACUAAUCGAAUGCUAAUUCUAUUUUUGUCAUUAUGCGUCGCAGCCAGUCAUGUGGCCAAGAAGCAUAAACACUACGACGUUAAGAAGCUCGAACUCUCCAAGGAUUCAAAGCUUUGGGUGGGAAAAACGGUUACAAUUAUGAGCUUCAACACUUGGAAUAUGGCCAAGGGAAUAGUGGACGGCUUAAACAAGAUCGCGAAGCAUAUUUUGAUUAAUAAUCCGGACAUUGUGGGAUUGCAGGUGAGUUUUGCCAAGAGCUGUUUUAUAGGAGGCUUGUUUGAAGUUAAUUAUGUCACGGCGCUACGACUUUUCGAGUCAGCGACAGUUUGGGCCAACAAUUCUAUAGAUUACGCCCGCUUAUCGUUGCAUGGGGGAGGCUUGGAAAACGCUACGUUAGUAGAAAUAAUGGUAUUUAUCGAGUUCCAGGAUAGCUUAUCAUCUAUUUUGAGGUAUUUUCCAUGUACUCACAUCAUUAAUAUUAAGAUAAAAGUUACGGAUCCUCGUUGUUUGCCGCAAAAUUUGUUCUUUUGUAUGUCACGGUAACUCAAAAAAAAAAGAAGAAGAAAACGAAUGUUAAUAUUAGCUGAAAUUAGAAAAGUGCACAUAUUGGAAGUCUUCGCCAAGUCUCGCCUUUGCUGAGCGUUCGCCGACCAUCCAGUGGCUUUGCCAGGCUUCGUAUGCACUUCCUAUAACCUUUUUUGGGUACACGCCUGAUCUAUGCAUCUUGUCGAUAGAUUUUUUGUUGACCUGAACUGCCAGCGACCCAAAAAGUCGGGACGCGGUGCGACAACCAGUUUGCAGAGAUAUUUGUUAAUUUCAGUCAAAUAGUCUCCAUCGUUUCUGCGAAACUCAAGGUAGAAGUAUUGCAAAAUUGCGUCGAAAACAAUAUCCAAAAUUCGCUUAUCUUUACUUUAAUCUUUGUAUAAAUCCGAAGAAUUUUUUGUUCCCUUUCAGGAAGUCCGCCAUCACGAUGAAAUUCGACAAGUUACAGAAUCUCUGAACAAGAAUGAUACUCAAACUUGGUCAUACGUCUAUGUUCCCGGUGAAGACACGGGCAUUAUCACAAGGCAUACUGUAAGUCUCAAGCUUGAAGCAAAACUUGACUUGACUUGGAUUACGAUUGAAGAGCCUUACUUUAUUUUAUAGAUCAAUGUCAGCUCGAUUUCAAACCUAACGGCCGGGAUAGGAGCGCAGAUCCUUUUGGACAAUAAACGGAAGAUAACCUUGUAUUCAAUGCAUCUGGACUACACGCUGUAUGGGCCGUAUGCGCUCGCCUUCCGGACGUUUAAUAAUCUGUCCGUUGUGGAUCAUGCUGAAUGCCAUCCGGGUUACUGUAAGUGAACGGCAAGGUUGUGCAAACCAAGUUUUCGGCAUUGAAAACCAUGAGAAUCAAUCUAUUCCAGGUCGAUGUUCCAACAUCAAAGAACUGGUAACGAGCGAGCAUUUCAAGGCGGCGUUGGCACGAUCGAAAACGGAGCCGUUGUUCGUUGUUGGCGACUUUAAUGCGCCUUCUCAUCUCGACUACACGCAGGAAACUCUGUAAGAUUUGGCUUACAGAAUGCAUACUCCAAGAAGUUUAAGCCGUAUUUAAACUUCGAAGUCCUUAAAACGGCCUUCGCCGGUAAUAAAGUCUCCACUGAGCCUUCGCCGAUGUGUGGAAUAUCCGCCAAGCUACCGAGACUAACAGAUUAUGUCCUGCUAGCUGUGGCAGACCUAAUUUUAUUCGUAGUAGGAAGUCGGAGAGGUGUAAUUUUCAAAAAAGACAUCAAAUGUCUCCGCCGAAAAAUGGUCUCUCCGCCGAGAGAAGAAAAAAUUCUUUUGCAAACACACGAUUUCGAAUUUCAAAUACGGCUCAAACUUCUUGGAUGGCUGCAAACAGCACAAAGAUACAAGCCAAAUAUUUUUACAAAAUUUCUUAAAAUACCCAAUACUGUACGUAAAAUUUCAUCAAAAUCUCAGCGUUGUGCUUCAAGAACUCCUCCCUGAAAGAUCUCCCAUCCUAUCAUCAUCAUUUUCAGUCCUCGUCGUGGCUUUGUUUACAACUGGCCGGCCACUUUUAUCCUUCAAAAUGCAAGUGGACUUGUUGACUCCUUCCGCGAACUCUAUCCGGACCCCGUCAAAUAUCCGGGAGAGUCGUGGUCGACGGUCAACGAAUUCCACACCUUUGGCGACUGGGAGUACGUUAUACCGGAACCUCAGGACAGGAUCGACUUCAUCUUCUAUAAAAGUAGUGGGCUGAAAACAGUGGCCAGUGGAAGGUAUGCGGGCGAUUUCAAACCCUAUCCGGCCGAUCCGUCGCUCAACGAUUGGCCAUCAGACCAUUAUGCUUAUGUCUCCACAUUUAAAGGAUUUUGA